UACUUGUAUUUAUAUGGUUUCUUUGCCUCUACUGUCUACAUCCUUAAAUGUUUUGACGAAGUCUACUAUAAAUUCAAGUUAUUGUAUUUAUUGCUAUUCAAUGAACAGUAUGAAUGAGGUCAUUUUGUAAAGUGGGACAUAUUAUCAUAUUGCCGUGGGCUUAGCUAUUAUAGCUAGAUUGUUUUAGCAGUUGGCAGCUUUAUUCAAGUAAACAUUGUUAAACAUUCGUAUCGUAUAUUGAUUACUUAUCCUCCUUCGCAAUGGGGGAUAUUCACCUCAUGACAAAGCCAGCUAUUAUGGCGGAAACAAUGGACCCUUUAGCACCAAGUGUAAAUGAAUCAAGCCUCACACCAAGUCUAAUUAAUAAGUUAAGAAUGAGAUUUGGUAGUGGAUCUGCUACACCAAGAUCAAUGGCAGAGGGAUAUGUGGAGUUUGGCGAGUUUCGUGCUCAAGCCCCAGGGGUCAAAAAAGUGGGUACUUUCGCUGGUGUCUUCUGUCCGGUGGUGCUUUCUAUGUUUAGUGCACUUAUAUUUAUAAGAAUGGGUUACCUAGUAGGCAACGCUGGUACUCUAGUCACAUUAGCUCAGUUUGCUCUUGCCUAUGGCAUAGUCGGGUUUACUGUAAUGUCAAUCUGUGCAAUAUCUACCAAUGGUGCUGUGGAAGGUGGAGGAGUUUAUUUUAUGAUAAGUAGGACCUUAGGUCCAGAAUUUGGUGGUGCUAUCGGGACUUUAUUCUUCUUUGCUAAUGUCGUAUCGAGUGCGCUUUGUAUUUCAGCGUGUACUGAAGCGUUGGUGGAAAACUUUGGACCCAAUGGAUACCUUGUGGGAGACAGUCCUGGUCUACCAAACGGAGAUUGGUACCGUUUUCUCUACCGUUCAGUAUUGAACACAAUUGGCCUAAGUGUGUCUUUGGCCGGGGCUUCGCUUUUUGCUAGAACCAGUUUAGCCAUUUGGGUCACCAUGGUGGUGUGCUUGGCCAGUGCCUUUUUGAGCUUUUUCAUUACUACGCCUGCAAUGAUAGAGAAACCAGAAACAAAUACUCUAACUAACGCAACUAGCUUCAAUUACACCGGAUUCAGUGUGAACACCUUUUAUGAAAACCUAUAUCCCAAGUAUGGGAGGGAUUAUAGUACAAAUGAUGGUGAGAUGGUGGAUUUUGCGUCUGUAUUUGGCGUUUUGUUCACUGGAGUCACUGGUGUUAUGGCGGGGGCAAAUAUGAGUGGUGAACUUAAAUCUCCAUCGCGCAGUAUUCCUCUAGGUACACUUACUGCGUUAUUUUUCACUGCAUUGUCAUACAUCGCGUUGACAUUUUUAACUGCAGCCACUUGUUCGAGGGAUCUUCUUCAGAACAACUACGUAUAUUUGCUACCUAUUAAUGUAUGGUCACCUUUUAUUGCCGUUGGCAUGUUGACGGCGACUUUUUCUGCUGGUCUCUCGAACCUCAUCGGUGCUUCCAGGGUGCUGGAAGCUUUAGCUAAAGAUAAUAUUUUUGGAUUUAUCCUCCGUCCAAUGGUGCCUCGAUCUGGAAAUCCCAUCCUCGCUGUGAUAAUGUCUUGGUUUCUUGUUCAAAUUGGUAUUAUUACUGGAUCACUUAAUGCUAUUGCUCAGGUGAAUUCAGUACUCUUCAUAACAAGUUACUUCGCUAUUAACCUUGCCUGUCUUGGCCUAGAUCUCGCCUCUGCGCCUAACUUCAGGCCAACGUUCAAACAUUUCUCGUGGCUGACCUCCCUGAUCGGGUUGGUGGGUUGUGCCGCGCUAAUAUUCGGUCUACGUCCCGCGUACGCGAGCGCCGUAGCUUUGGCGUGCUGUUCGUUGGUCGUCGCGUUGCAUUUGCUGUCGCCGGCCGCGUCUGAACCGAAAUGGGGCAGUCUAAGUCAAGCUCUAAUCUUUCAUCAGGUCCGUAAAUACCUACUCCUCUUAGACCCUCGUAGAGAACACGUGAAGUUCUGGCGACCUCAGAUGCUGUUACUCAUCUCUUCCCCGCGUCAGGCAGCACCGCUCAUCGACUUCGUUAAUGACCAGAAAAAGGGCGGUCUGUUCGUAGUGGGUCACGUGAGGGUGGGUGAAUUGGACGGUAGCGGAGACCCACUUGCUUCCGAGCAUAAGUACUGGCUCAAACUUAUCGAUCAUCUUAAGGUGAAAGCUUUUGUAGAGCUAUCCUUAGCAGAGUCCAUCCGUAGUGGCGCAGCGCAGUUGACACGUCUCGCAGGUUUAGGAGCUAUGAAGCCUGAUACUGUACUCCUAGGCUUCAGAGAUACGGCCACGCCCAAAGAUUUCUUUAGGGAUCCAGCAUCACCAUACAAAACAGAGCAAUUCGAUUUGGACUCCGGUGAAAUAAUAUUCCCGGCUCGGACAUCCGUAUCGACCCGGAUAUCCGCGUCCGAGUACGUCCGUAUAAUAACAGACGUGCUGAGCGUCAAGAAGAAUAUAUGUCUUUGUAGGAACUUCCACACGCUUGACAUGGCUGCUGUAGAGAGACGCUCAUCGAGCCUAAAAUACAUAGACGUGUGGCUGGUAGAGCUUCUGACCCCGUCCCGCGAAGAGGCUUUCAGCGUGAGAGCCUUAUUCGCGUUGCAGUUAGCGGCCGUAGUGCGAUCGGCCCGCGGCUGGCAACAUUUGAGACUACGGGUCCACGUUGUUGACGCUACACCGCUUUAUGCUGACCUAUACCUUGCAGAGUUGGACAGUAUGGACAGCGCAGUGGAGCGGAGUAACCCCUCCUUAUCUCCUGCCAGACCGGUCCACGAAAGAUUGGAAGUAUUACUAAAAUUAUUAAGAAUCAAUGCUACUACACACACGGUUUCAGAAUGGCCAGCGUUGGAUAACUUUGGACAAUGGUCAGACCCCAGUUAUGACAAUGGAACUACGUUUAGUAGAGUACCUCAAAGUUAUUUGCAAAAGGUAAAUCAAAUAAUCAAGAGUCGCUGUGAAGACGGGGCAGCGGUCACAUUUGUCCAAUUACCGCAUCCACCGAAGUUGGCCCCGCACGCGAGUGACGCAGAUGAACCCGUAUGCGAACAGUAUCUUCAGGUUUUAGAAGACUUCACGAAGGAUCUCUCACCAACGAUAUUAGUGCGAGGGUUGAAGUCGGUAACCUCCACAGCUCUUUAAAUAUAGACAUAUUUGUGUGUCUGUAUUUUUUUGUCACAAUAUAACAGUUUUUGAAAAAGUUAAAUUUUAUAUGACGUUAGUUUUUUUUUUGACUUUAUAUAAUCGUUUGAAAUUAUUAUUCUGUUACGCAACCACUUAAUUUAAAAAAUAGUGUUAAUUAAAAAACAUAACUAUUAUUUUAUCUUUAUAAUUUGUAUUAUUAUAUUUUCAAUUAUUUCAACUUUCAAGCUGAAACUAAAACUUAGUCUUAUUCCACUGUUUUAACUGAAUUACGACAGAUCAGUCCUUUUAGCUUGCUGAUUUUUUAUUAAUAAGGUUUUAGAAGUUAUUUUUCUAUCUAAUUUUAAAUGUAGACUGAACAUUAGUUUAUAAGAUAAACGUUUUGUAAACCAGAAAAAAUACCAUGAUUUUAAGAGAACAUUUAUUUAUAAUAUCACUUAUAAAGCCAAAUAGCUUAAAUGACACCGCCAUUAUUGUAGAGCACAUUGUAACUCGGUUUUAGAUUCGAUACCGGAGAAACAAAUAUGAAUAUCAACUUAAAAUAAUUUUUAAAUUGCAGUUGUAAUAAAAGUUUUUAGGUCUUUUAUAUUUUUAUAGGACUCUCAUAUAAGUUAAUUAAUUAAAGUAUUAUAAUUUAUUUCAAAUGUUACCUUAAAAUUAUAUUGAGAUGAAUAUUUUCUACUUUAAUUUUUGAAGUUCAACUUCAUGAUGUAUUGACGAUAAUUGAGAAAUUUUAACACAGAAGAUUCAAUGACAGCACUUAUAUUGUAGUUAAAACUCAGUUUGUGAGAUUUUUUUUAAUAUAGGCUUAAAGUUAAAAGUAAAUUGCUUGAAAUAUAUUUCAGUUAUAAUAAUAUAAAAAUGAUAUUGAAGAUUCAAAAAAAAUAUUUCUUCAUUAUAUUAAUUGUAUACUUUUUGGUGAAGUGCUCUGUCUCCUUCCAUCACGGAGUAAACAAAAUUUGACAGAUAGAGAGUGGUAUAGUGCAAUUAGACGCAUUUAGCUUUUAUGAUAAUCUUAAUAAAUGUGUUAUCUUUCGUAUUUUGUGAUUCACCCAAAGAUAUAUUAUAUUAUGUCAAUUAAAAAAAUUGUAUCGUAAGAUAUUCACGUAGCACGACAGUUGGUUAACCUGGUUGAACAUCUUAAAAAUCUCUAGUAUUUUUUUAUAGAACCGGGGGCAAGAGCAGGAGGCUUACCUGAUGUUAAGUGAUACCGCGGCCCAUGGACACUCAAUGCCAGAGGGCUCACGAGUUGGUUGCCUUUUAAGUAUUGGUACGCUCUCUUCUUGAAGGACCCUAAGUCGAAUUGAUUCGGAAAUACUUCAGUGGGUAGCCACAUAGUCGUGGGCGUCAAUUAGGAUUAUACACAUUUUUGGGGAUGCGUUGCCGGCCUUUUAUAAUUUUAAUUGUUAAUAGCAUCGAAUGAUAAAUAGUUGCUUAGUUGUGUUGAAAGUUCUAGCCUUAAGACUUAAAUGAAAUUUG